AUGCCCUCUAGAGUGUGCAAGGCCAUUGUACGCGCUGAAAUCAACGCCUACGGCUAUAAUAAACGGUAUGAGUGGGUUGCGAACUCGUCCGCGCGGGAGAGUGGAGACAACGAUUGGCCUGAGUACCGGUACCCUGAAGUUGGUAGCAACAACGACAAUCCUAAUACUAACUUGAUGGUCACUGACAAGUUGAACGAAUCCACUAUCAAAGUCAACCUCGCCGAGAAAACUGUUGCACAUGACGCAGCACGAGCGAACAAAAAACCUAAGGCUGGAAAUUCGGUGGAAUGUGGCACUAAGCCUGGUAGUCGUGCCGAACAAUUAGAUCUAGGUGCCUCUGACGAUGACUGGGAAGUCUGUAAUUGCGAGGCCUUGGCGAAGGAAGCUCAGGACGAGCAGGAUCGGGUUGAAUGGGUCCUUGUGGGAAAGACUGAGGCUGAGAAAGCGUGUGCUGCUAAGCGAUAG